AAAAAAGAUUUCUUGGAAAUUGUCUCAUGAGUAAACAGAAAACUAAUCAAGUGAGUAGAGAUGUCACUGUGUUCAGCCACAUGAAAAAAAAUCUUCUUGUGAAACUAUCCACAGAUGUUCCUCAUCAGUCCUUGUUUUGAUUCUGGGAUCCGAAUCAACAUGAAAACCGUAUACAUCCAAAUUUGCGUGUUUCUAAUCAUUGCUGCCAAUCAGAUAGCAGCCAAAUCUACUCAUCGGGUUGCUGGACUGAAUCCCUCAAUUGCUGGCAAUGGUAGUCAAUGUACAAAAGGCAAAACUGACACAGAGCUUUGUGAGGAUGAGUCUGCCUGUUGUAGACCAAUGGUGAGAUGUCCUGCUCAUGUAAGACUCAAACCAGUACAAUUUUGCACAACUCCACAAGGGGGACAAGGCGUUUGUUGUACUACAGGCUCUAACCACACAGAACCGAUGGAUGAGAAACGGAGAGGACACAAGAUCAUCAAAGCUGAUAUCUUCACCCUCAGCCUCAUAAGAAGAAAGAGUAGGGAGGAACUGGCUGACCUCAGGACGAGGGAAGCCAAACUGAUGUCCUCUGGGAAACAUUCUAUACUAAGCCGUUCCUCAUCGAGUUACAGCCAUUUCAGGAACUCCAGAACAUUCAAUUCAGCGGAUUUACAUCAGGUUAUGGAGAUUGCCAGCAGGGCUUUGGAGAUUGCCAUAGCUACAAGAGCAUUCAGAGACAGGCAGGGUAUAACGAAUGAACAAUUAGAGUUGAGCAUGCUGCAAGAUGAUCUGAGAACUACCCCACUUGGAGACGCUUGUACGCCUCUACCUUUCUGCCACAUUGUUCCCGAUAAAUAUCGAAGAAUAGAUGGCGCCUGCAACAACAUUUUACACUCCACAUGGGGAUCACACCUUACACCAUUCGCCCGACUGCUUCCCCCAAGUUAUCAAGAUGGUGUUUGGUCACCAAGGGUGUCAGAAUAUGACGGCAAACCCUUAACUAGCCCGAGAAAGAUCAGCACCACCCUGUUCAAAGACGACAACGCCUACCAGACAGAUCGCACCCUUAUGGUCAUGCAGUUCGGUCAGUAUUUAUCGCACGAGAUCACGCAAUCCAUAGACACGUCCUUCAGGAAUGGCAGUGCCAUAGCCUGCUGCGAACCAGAUGGUAGCGCCGCCUUGGACCCGAGGAAUCGACACGACGCCUGCAUGCCCAUAGAAUUGCCGGCCGACGACCCUUUCUACUCUGUGUUCAAUCAAAAGUGUAUGAAUUUCGUUCGUUCGGUCCUGGCUCCCAGGCAGGAUUGUACCCUUGGGUAUUCCCAGCAGAUGAACAAGAUCACCCACUUCAUAGAUGGUUCUUCGAUAUAUGGUUCAACUCCAGAUCAGACUGGAGAGCUGAGAAGUUUUGAAGAAGGAAAGUUGGCAACCUUCGAAGAUUUCGGCAGAGAUCUACUGCCCAUUAGUAAGGACACAGACGCUUGUCUGACAAUGGAGCAAGGUUCUGCUUGUUUCAGUUCAGGAGAUACAAGAACCAAUCAAAUGAUAACCCUGGUGGCUGUGCAUACCCUAUUCAUGAGAGAGCACAAUCGAGUAGCAUCGGAACUGCUGAAGUUAAACCGCCAUUGGUCCGAUGAAAAACUAUUUCUUGAAGCGAGACAGAUAGUGAUAGCCGAAUUGCAGGUCGUGACAUACAAGGAAUUCCUUCCGGCAGUUAUAGGUGAAGAUGCCAUGAGGGACUUUGGUCUGAAUCUCAAGCAGGGGGAGGAAUACUCUUACGACUACGAUCCAAACAUCGAACCUUCGGUGACCAAUGAAUUUGCCAGCGCUGCGUUCAGAUUUGGGCAUUCUAUAGUGGACGGUCAGCUGAAGAUAUACGGUCGUAAGAAGAUGGAGGAGAUCAUCUUUAUUCCGGAGGUUAUGUUCCACCCUUCUAGGAUGCGUAAACGGUUCUUUUUCGAUCAGGUAUUGAGUACCCUGACGACCGAUCCUAUCCAGGCAACUGAUGAGUUUUUCUCAGACGCGCUGACAAGGUACAUGUUCAGAGCUGGUAAUCCAUUUGGUGUCGACCUAGCAGCCUUGAAUAUACAACGUGGCAGAGACCAUGGCAUCAGACCUUAUAACGACUACAGAGAACUUGUGGGUUUACCCAGAUAUACCAAUUUCGAAGAGUUUGGACGAUUGGGUAAGGCGUUGAGCAAAGUGUACAGAAGUGUGGACGAUGUAGAUCUAUGGGUGGGUGGAUUAUUGGAAGAAAAACCAGAAGGAAGUAUAGUGGGCCAAGUGUUUAGAGACAUCAUCGCGGAUCAGUUUGUGAGAUUGAAAAAUGGCGACAAAUACUUUUUCGAGAAUGAUCCUAUUCUGAAUCCUGGUCACUUUACCCCAGCUCAACUUAAGGAACUCAGAAAAACCUCUAUGUCCAGAAUAAUAUGCGACAAUAGUGAUGGUAUCCUUUUAGCAAGGCAAGCUUUGAACGCUUUCAAAACUCCUGGAGUAGCAGGUAACGAUAUCGUCGAUUGCAAGGGUGAUAUGAUACCCAGGAUAGAUUUGAGCCACUGGAAGGAGGGAUACUUUGAGUGAAAUCGAAUAAGGCAGAUUUGAGCUGCUUUUAUAAUAUUUGUGUGAAAUGUUAUAUGUAUACACGUUGUUUUUAUAAGUCAUGAUUAAUUGUUGUCGGUUGUGGAACUAACAUUAGCUAUUAUUAUUAAUGAAAACAUGAAAUAUUA